GUGCUUAUCCUCUGUACCUGGUCUGUCAUUCAUCUCAACGUACCAAUCGAGUCGACUCCAAACGGCAAACGCCAAGAAUACACACGUGAGCUCUUCUUAUUCUGGACAAAGUUCAAAUGGAUGUUUAUCAACCUUGCUGCACCAGAGUGGGUACUAGGACAAGCUUGGAGCACUCAUCGUUCAGUGGCUCUGCUCAAGGACCGAUUUGAAGAGUACCAGAGGAAAGAUAGUGUCCCAUGGAGCCGCUCCUAUACCUACUAUGCGAAUAUGGGUGGAUUCUCUAUUCGAACACAUCCAAGAAUCGGUACAAAAGAUAUCCAAAGCAAUAGGAGAUAUCAACUGGAAACCAGACCAAUACAAUAUUCGAGCUAUGAAAAUGGCAAUUUUAUAUUUGAAAACAUUCGUUACCUUUGUGGGGAUCUCUGGGUGCUGCAUGCGAACCAGCAUCUCCUUGCACGUGAGCUUGGAAUCAUCGAAACGCUACCUUCGCUAUCUCAGGCUUCCCUAGAUGAUCGCAACAAGGGCAAUUUAUUCGUCAUGGUCCUAACGUUGGGUCAAAUAUCGUGGAUUGUCAUCCAGCUCAUUGUACGCCUGGCUCUAAAUCUCUCCUCGAGCCAACUUGAGAUUAUCACUCUAUCCUUUGCAAUCUGCUCAAUAAUCACAUACUCCCUGUUACUUAAUAAACCAAAGGAUGUCCAGGCAUCACACACCAUCAAAGCCGCUAAGCGCCCAUCUGCGGAAGACAUGAUCCUCAUUGCAAACGCUGGCCCGACGGGGUUUGCAUUCGAUCGUGCGAGUAUAUGGGUUCCUAACAAUGUCUUGAGCCGAGAUACACAUAUGUCAGAUGGUAAUUUUAUGAUAUAUCUGGCAUCCGCGCCUGCCCUGACUCUCUUUGGUGGUAUCCAUUGCAUUGCAUGGAAUUUCGCAUUUCCUACAGAGGUAGAGAGACUAUGUUGGCACAUUAGUACGAUCAUAACGGCUGGUACUGCGCCAUUAUUAUGGGCCCUCAGUGGAACACGGGGUAAAGUCAUCGAGUUGAGGGUGAUGUCUGACACUGACAGACCUCUGUUAUUGAGUAUAAAAUCGGUUCUUCAAGGAGCAUCAAGGUUGAUUGUUCUAGUGUUUGUUUUUGCGAGGCUAUUUAUAACAGUCGAGGCUUUCCGUUCGUUGGCCUUCCUUCCACCAGGCGCCUUUUUGAGUACCUGGUCAGCAGGUAUACCACAUGUCGGUUAA